AGAGAGAGAGAGAGAGAGAGAGAGAGAGAGAGAGAGAGAGAGAGAGAAAUUGAAUUCCGCGGAGGAUAUAGCUUAGGGAGAACGUAUGUAUUGUGAUGAUUUCUCUACUUUCAGCUGUGUACCAAGCUGAGCCACCUCGUUUAAUAUGUUGUAUGGCUGCGUGGCUGUGUGGCUGUCAAUAAUUCAGCACCCUACUUUCACCACCGCAAGACUGUACAUAUUUGGAUUGUUACACCUAUUCCCCGUACUCCUUCACUCUUUAUCACAAACUCGUGUGCCGACAGAGCCUAUAACUCAAGUUUUCUACCAUCAGCAGCAAUUCAUAGCAUUGUGUUUUAUAUUUAGAAAAUGGCACCGUAUGACUUCAUCGCGGAGAAAAACAACCAGGAUGAACGAUUAGCGUUCGCUCGCAAACUCCUUGACGCGCGCGACGAGAUUGUAUCCUUUGUAGACUCUCGUCUGAAGUGGGAUGGCGCCGGGAAGUACGACGGGUUUUUCAAAGGCUCUUUCAAUAUAAGCCUGGAUGUGAAACGAGGCGAUAACGGAGAGCACGUCCUGAUUCGUUUCCCUGCCCCAGGAAAUAUAUAUGGACCAUGGCGAGAUGAGAAAGUCAAGAACGAGGUGAUGGUCAUGAAGUAUCUCUCCGAGAAUUCUAACAUUCCUGUUCCUGGUGUUCGUUGCUGGGGGCUUACCAAGGACAGCCCGCGGCAGCUAGGACCUUUUAUAAUCAUGGACUUUGUGGGAGGGCAGGACCUGAGCGAUCUCUUGCAGCUGCCGGCCGAAAAUGAGAAGGAUGCCAUAAUUCUAGACCCGGAUAUUGACGAGACAAGGCUGGAUAUUAUCUAUGAGCAGAUUGCUAGCUUUAUGCUAGAGCUUUCACGCUUGGAAUUUCCACGAAUCGGUGCAAUCUCCAAGAAUGCCACUGGCCAGUGGUCCGUCACUGGACGGCCACUAACGUACGAUAUGAAUGAAGUUGUCACCUUGGGGGGUUACCUUGCGGAAGAGCUCGUCAUUAAGGAGCCUUUCGAUCAUUCUGGUGCCUACUUCGCGGCGCGCGCACAAUGCCUCCAAGCACACCUUGAAGCUCAACGGAACAUUGCCGGUGAUGAUGAAGACCUCGCCAGGGAUGAAUUUGUUGCACGCCGCGGCUUUGCCAAACUAAUCCCUGAGCACGGCAUCAUCGAUGACAAUGGCCCUUUCCUGCUGUUUUGUGACGACCUGCGGCCUACAAACAUGCUCGUAAACCCGAACACCCUUCGCAUCACCGCAGUGCUUGACUGGGAGUUCACCAAUACUAUGCCAUCGCAAUAUGCCAAUGACGUACCUUGGUGGUUGCUCCUUAAGCAGCCAGCAAGCUGGGUUUGCGAUGGUGAAAUACAGGAAUUUCUUGACCUCUUUAUACCGCGAAUGGAACAAUUCAUACGUGCGGUGAUUCGCAUCGAGGCCAAGUCCCCGCCUAUAGCUGGGCAACUACGCCUCUCAGCCCGCAUGCGAGACUCUUGGGACAGCGGGCGUUUCUGGUUCAACCUCGCGUCACGAAGUAGCUUCGACUUCGGCGAAAUUUUCUGGGACGCACUGCAUAAAAAGGAUCUGCGCGGGGGGAUAUUGGACAUGGCGACACUCGCCGAGAAGGAAAGUUUUGUGAAACGGAAGAUGGACCAGUUCGAUAAGUAUCGAAAAGAGAGAGAAAGUGACGGUCGCUUCUGCUAAUUAGUACAAUUGGAUUUGUUAAUCUCAAUUUGAUGGAAUAGUUUCGGUGUUUUCACUCGAGCAUGAUGGGACAUUCAAAGCGC